CAAAAGGGUGUGUGUCACCUUUGAAAAAUAUUAAUUUUUUUAUAUAUUUUCUAAAUAAUUGUAAUUAUUUAACAAUUAGCAGUAACCACCAUUAAUAUGAAUAUGUAGUAGUCAUCUUAGUGCCAUACAUUUUCAUAUAGUUUUGCUUUUGGAUUCUUCUUCUUUUAUAUUUGUUUAAUUAUUCCCAAAUAACCACAAUUUAUCAUUAAAAAUGAGCUUUGUUAAUAUAUUCAAAAGAAGAAAGCCCAAGGAAGAAACCACUGCUGCUAUCAUAGGUACUCCGACCAACGUAAAUCAUGAUAUUCACGUUAGCGUCACAGCAGACGGUUCAUUGGAAGGGCUGCCAGGAUCCUGGCUACGUCAAAUCGGCACUCAAAUAACCAAAGCAGAACAAAACGAAAACCCCGAGGUGGUCAAAAAAGUGCUGCAGUAUUACAACUUUUCAGUGAAGAAACAUGGGGUGCCAGGUCAGGAAAUUGUCAAGCACAUUUUCACCGAGCAUGACAUUGCCGAGGAAUCCAAGGAGAUGGAUUUGUAUAUGCAAUCAAAAGACGCACACAAGAGCAAAGAUUCGGAUUUAUCUAGUGAAGACUCAGAAAAAUCAAAUAAUUUCAAUAGUAAUCAUAGGUCUACUGUUCCGCUAAACGUUGAGAAGGACUGUGGCAAUAAUUUAUUGCAAACUAAAAAUUUAGCGCAAAGCAUAGAUAACCUUACUAUAGAAGCUGAUGAAAUUGAAUAUAGGAAACCUAGUAUAACAGAUAAUGAUAUUUAUAGACGAAGAUCCAAUAUGAGUGAUGACGAUUAUAUGAGAGAUAUUAAGAAGAUUUGCAAUCCGGGAGACCCCUCUGAUUUUUAUGAAAAAACUUUAAAAGACUUGGGAAGCGGAGCUUCUGGAAUGGUUUUCGCUGCUACCAACAAACGAACAGGAGAAUUAGUUGCCAUAAAAGAUAUUGAUAUGAAAAAGCAAUCAAAAAAGGAUUUGCUGCUUAGCGAAAUUAAAAUUAUGAAGGACUUUCAACAUAAGAAUUUAGUGAAUUUCUUGGAUGCUUUUGUGGUAAAUGUUGAUCAUUUAUGGGUAGUCAUGGAAUUGCUAGAUGGUGGUCCUCUAACUGACGUUGUUACCGAAACUGUGAUGAAAGAAGGCCAGAUAGCAGCUGUGUGUUAUGAAGUAUUACAAGCCAUAAAUUACCUACACAAUCGAGGCACCAUUCACAGAGACAUCAAAUCUGAUAACGUAUUGCUUGGUAUGGACGGUACUGUUAAAGUAACGGAUUUUGGAUUUUGUGCUAAUGUUAUUGGCAACGAGCAAAGAGAAACUAUGGUUGGUACACCUUAUUGGAUGGCGCCAGAAGUGGUAACUCGACAAAAAUACGGAAAAAAAGUCGACAUUUGGAGUUUGGGCAUUAUGAUCGUCGAAAUGUUAGACGGAGAACCGCCAUAUUUGAAGGCACCUCCUAUUAGGGCCUUGUAUUUGAUCACAGUUAAUGGUCGUCCAAAUAUAUUAAGAUGGGACUCGUGUUCGCCAAAAUUGCAAGAUUUUAUUGAUCAGUGUCUACAAGUAGAUGUAGAUAAUCGAGCCAUUGCCGAAGACCUAUUACAGCAUGAAUUUUUAGAAGAAAGAAUGGAACUCAAAAGCUUGACUCCAUUGAUUAGGGCUGCCAAAAGGAUUCUUCACAAGAAUUAACUCAAACUGUAUCCAUGUGUUUUUAUUUUCUAUGUAUACAACCAAUUUUAUGUAUUUUUGUUCUCUAGAAAUGGCUCUUUCACUACAAAUUAUUGACGAUGCUUUAUUUACAGUUUAAAAACAAUAAGGUUGAAUUUUGAAUAAUUAAUAAGUGAAAGAGUUUCUCUGGAAGUAUAUUCUUACACUUUAUUUUUUCCCAAGAUAUUUGACAUUGAAAACUUUGAAACAUAAACAAUAACGCUUGACCCUGAUUGGUCGCAAAAUGAGGUGUUUCUGCAAGUUGACAUCAGUUUCACAAUAUUGACAAUGCCAAAAUCUAUCUUGGAAAAAAAUAAACCUUAUAUUAAUUUUAAAACAAAGCAGUCAGUGUUAAAUUUAAUUUUUUAGGGAGUUGCUUAAAUGUGGCUUUAAAUAGAAGCCAGUCACAUUUGAGUGGAAACCCAGUAAUUUAAUGAAACUUUAUAAGAAUUAUGAGAGUAUUAUUGGGUCCAAAACAUUGCAUUUUGUAACUUAACAAAAGACUGAGCCAAAAAUUCUAUAUUAAUUGACACCAUAUUUUUUGAAAAUGUUUUUUUACAAUGUUUUUACUUUUACCAAGUAUAGGAAUUUAUUAUAUUUUAUCAGAUUUAUUAUAUAAAUAUUUUUUAGUCGAAAACAAUUGAUGCAAUAACUAAUUUUAUGUAUGAAUGUUUUAAGAAUUUUAUUGAUGUAUAUAUUUUCUCUUUUUGAAACUAUUAUGCAUUGAAUUUGUGUGAUGAAAAACGUAAAUAACUGUGCUACAACAAAUAUAUUUGUUUAAUUUUA